UUCAGCUGUGCCUUAAUUGUGUUUCCCUGGGGUACAUUAUAUUCAGCUCCAUUUAUUUAUCGCUAUUGGAGAACAAAUAUAUGUGUGGGUGAAUAUAUGCGUCUUGUGAAUAUUUAUAGUUUGUACACAGAAGAAGGUCAUUGCUUCAUUUUCUGCACAUCAUGAAUCCAUAUGGUCUCUGAGUAAUUGUGCCAGCCUCGUUUUAGUCAGACGGUCCCUAACCGGAGGAGGCAGGCUGAGUAGUUGAUGCUGGAUCGCGGAGCGGCAGCAGCAGCUCAGUCAGUCCGUCGCUGCGGUCCAUCAGAGCGGAGCGGCUGGUCAUCAACAUCCUCCUCAAAGCCGCGGAACUCAGCUGGCCGGAACGCUGCUCUGUGGUUCCGAGCCGUGCUGCCCCCGCAGCCGGUCACGACGGCGGCGUUGGAGCCUUCGUGGACAUGAGGACAGCGUCUAAAAGGUGGACCGGGAAUCCCGCACGACUUCUUUUUUCGCAGAGCGAACGAGAGAGMUUCACCAUGACCCGUUCCUUCCCGACCAGUCGCUUCUUCGCCGAGGCGCCUCGUUCCCCUUUUGCUUCCCGUCGCCCCAACGCAGGGAUGAGAUAAUAACGCCCGGCAGCCGACGCAUGCCGCUACACCCCCACCACCUCUGUGGCACCUGGAAACCGACACCCGCCCCCCGCCCUGCCCCCUCCCCCAAGUUGACUCUUUAACCCGACCCAGAAACUAUGACGACGCCGGCUCUGCUGCCGCUGUCGGGCCGCAGGAUACCCACUCUGUCUCCGGGCGCCUCCUCCUUCACGCACCACAGAGCCACGUUGAGGCUGUCGGAGAAGUUCAUCCUCCUCCUCAUUCUCAGUGCCUUCAUCACCCUAUGCUUCGGGGCCUUCUUUUUCCUCCCGGACAACUCCAAGCACAAGCGCUUCGACCUGGGCUUGGAGGAUGUGCUCAUCCCGCACAUCGACUCGCCCAAAGAGGGGAAGCACGGCUCAGGGCAGGUGAUAAUUCACGGACAGGGAGGACACGAUGAGAACAGGCACAGGGAGGAGGAGGAGAGCCUACGCAACAAGAUUCGCGCCGACCACGAACGAGCGCUGCAGGAGGCGAAGGAGAAGCUGCGCAAGUCUCGCAAGGAGGUGAAGGCCGAGAUCCAGACGGAAAAGGCCAAAGUCAUCGAGGACCUGAAGAAGAAGGAGGCGGGGCCCAAACCCUUACCGCCCGUCCCCAUGCCCAAGGUCGUCGGAGUCAGCGACGGGGAGCCGCCAGAGGCGGACGCCAAGGAAAAGCGGGAUAAGAUCAGAGAGAUGAUGAAGCACGCUUGGGACAGCUACAGACAAUACGGAUGGGGUCACAACGAGCUGAAGCCCCUCGCUAAGAAAGGACAUUCCACAAAUAUCUUUGGUAAUUCCCAGCUCGGGGCGACCAUCGUGGACGCCUUGGACACCCUGUAUAUCAUGGGUCUACACGAAGAGUUCAAGGACGGCCAGGAGUGGAUCGAGCAGAAUCUGGACUUCAGUGUGAAUGCCGAGGUGUCCGUUUUCGAGGUCAACAUUCGGUUCAUCGGGGGACUCUUGGCAGCGUAYUACCUCUCUGGACAGGAAGUGUUCAAAAUCAAGGCGGUCCAGCUGGCGGAGAAGCUCAUCCCUGCCUUCAACACCCCAACUGGGAUUCCCUGGGCCAUGGUCAACCUGAAGAGCGGCGUUGGUCGUAACUGGGGUUGGGCGUCGGCCGGCAGCAGCAUCCUGGCUGAGUUUGGGACCCUCCACAUGGAGUUCGUUCACCUCACCUACCUGACUGGGAACCCGGUUUACUACCAGAAGGUGAUGCACAUUCGCAAGCUGCUAGCUAAGAUGGACCGACCCAACGGCCUCUACCCAAACUACUUAAACCCUCGCACAGGCCGCUGGGGCCAACAUCACACCUCGCUGGGAGGACUGGGCGACAGCUUCUACGAGUACCUGCUGAAGGCGUGGCUCAUGUCCGACAAAACCGACACGGAAGCCCGCAAGACCUACGACGACGCCAUCGAGGCCAUCGAGCGCCACCUCAUCCGCAAAUCCAAUGGCGGUCUGACGUUCAUCGGCGAGUGGAAGAACGGCCACCUGGAGAGGAAGAUGGGCCACCUGGCAUGCUUCGCCGGCGGCAUGUUCGCGCUGGGUGCCGACGGCUCGCCGGACGACAAGGCCGGCCACUACCUGCAGCUCGGCGCAGAGAUCGCCCACACCUGCCACGAGUCCUACGACAGGACAGUCCUGAAGCUGGGUCCAGAGGCCUUCAAGUUCGACAGCGGCCUGGAGGCGGUGGCCGUGCGGCAGAAUGAGAAGUACUACAUCCUGCGGCCGGAGGUCAUCGAGACCUACUGGUACAUGUGGAGGUUCACCCACGACCCCAAAUACAGGCAGUGGGGCUGGGAGGCGGCUCAGGCCAUUGAUAAGUACUGCCGGGUCAGUGGAGGCUUCUCCGGAGUGAAGGACGUCUACUCGUCCAACCCGACCUACGAUGACGUGCAGCAGAGCUUCUUCCUMGCCGAGACGCUCAAUUUCAUCCUUACUUACUUACUUUGUGUCCUUCCUUUAAUCCUCCCUUCUUCCCUACAUUAGUCCCUUGUGUCCUUUUAUUCUUCCUCUCGUUCUUUUCUUGAGGCCUUCAUCCCUUUCUUCAUCCCUUUAACUUCUUUCUGUCUUUCUGUCUUUUUUCUUUUCUGCCUUGAUUUAUCGUGCCCUUCCUUUACACUUGUUUUCCUUCACCCUUCCUUCCAAUCUCUUACUCUGUCCUUCCAUCCUUUGUUCCUUUUUUCUGUCCCUCC